AUGUACCAUCGCAGAGAUAUUCCGGAAAGGGAUAUAUACACAGUUUUAGGCCACUCAUUAUCGUCACCUACGAGAACUCAUCCUCUCCAAAGCCCGACCGCAUCUCCGACAACUUCCACCUCGACUGCAAUCCCAACCAAGAGCUUGAAGAAUUGCAACGUAGAAGGCAUUCCGGCAGACUACCUCGUCUCCAACAUCCUCGAUAUGCGAUACGCUUACGACGCUCUUUCAUGCCAAUUGAAAUGCAUGUACAUGUCAAGAUGCGAAUCCUACUCGUGGCAGAUGCCCGUUUCGGAAGACUCGAACAAUUGCGUCUUCUACUCAACGCUCAUUGAUGGUGUGAGGAAGGUUACUGCAAGCAAUAUCAGUGGGAUAUUUUUCUCGGAUAAAUACCCAAGCGACAAAAGCAACUUUUGCUAUGGCAGCACAGAGUUAUGA